AUGAGCACACCCUCAAAGUUCUCCAGUAUCCAUGAUGCUGCUCGGUACGUGAAUGAAGAACUACAUCGACGGUCCGUUCUGCCCGCUUCUCGCAAAUUAUUGUUCCCCACGAUAGAUGACACGCUAGAACCACAGUUGGCCCGAAUCAACAAUGAUAAGCUGAUCAUCAACACAAUACACAAGCUCUUGAAGAGACUGGAUGAGGCGGAGGACGCCACUGUCGAAGAUUUGACUCCCAAGGACCAUACUCUUGAUAUCGAUGACAAUGGCUCGUUUAGCGUUAAGGCAAGGGGAACCUCCGAAAAUAAAGUAGUCAAGCCGGACUCCAGGCACGCUCAGGUGUCUCUGCGACGUUACGAAGUUACUUUGGAGCAAUUGAGGUCGAGACUAAAGCAGAAGGGGCCCGAUUUAACGUGGUCGACACAACCCAUCCCAGAGCAGCAGACCAAAAAGCCAUCGGUCGAGGCAAACGGCGACGAGGCUACCACUGUGCUCCUGGGUAGCUUAAUACAUCAUAAGGCUGUUUCCGCUGCUGUAUUGGGACAUAUGAUAGACUUUCUACAGUCGUGCAACGGGUAUCUAUACACGCGCUGCGUGCAUGAUUGCGGCUGUCAACUCCCACCAAAAAUUCAGUUGGACUUGCCGGACAAUAGUCGCAAGGAUGCGGAGUCUGGGCUCUCGGAGACGGUACAGAAAUUGCAGGAGCUUUUGAACGACUGGUACGAUAUUGCAAAAUUGUUACAAGACGAUUGA